AUGAAGCACCCAUGGUCCAAGGAUGUUGCCAAAGCCCUCACAAAGAUCUUUAAGCUAAAGGCUUGGAGACGAAAUCAACUAGAUGCUAUAAAUGCCACGUUAUCUGGAGAGCAUUGUUUUGUGCUCAUGCCGACGGGCGGUGGAAAAUCCCUUUGUUAUCAACUACCAGCCGUAGUUAGAUCAGGCAAGACGCAUGGGGUGACUAUUGUAGUUAGUCCUUUGUUAAGUCUUAUCACCGAUCAAAUUCAAAGCCUAUGCGAAAAGGAAAUCGGCGCUGCCCCUUGGACGGGGACCAUGUCCAAGCAAGAAAAAGCAGCUGUAACGAGUGAUCUAAGAAGCAAAGACCCGUCAUUGUGUUUACUUUAUGUGACGCCUGAAUCAAUGAUGCAAAGUGGAGAACUCAAAGGCAUCCUGAAAGACCUGCAGAAGAGAAGCUUGAUUGCACGUUUUGUAAUCGACGAAGCUCAUUGUCUCAGUCAAUGGGGGCACGACUUUCGGCCUGAUUAUAUAUUACUCGGGAAGCACUUGGCACUUGACUUCUCAGGUAUACCUAUCCUUGCCUUGACUGCAACAGCCAACGGGGUGGUACAACAAGACAUCAUCAAGAACUUGCAAAUUGGUUCAUGCGUAAAGCUCACCCAAUCCUUUAACCGGCCAAAUCUGAGAUAUGAAGUGCGGAAUAAAACGAAAGAAGCGAUGAACGACUUGAUCCGGAUCAUCACCGUAGAUCACGCGGGUAAAUGUGGGAUUGUCUAUUGCUUUUCCAAACGGGAUUGUGAGCAAGUUGCUUCGGACCUUGUUUCUAGAGGGAACGUCCGCGCACACCAUUAUCAUGCCGGAAUGAGUACAAACGACCGCCAACGAAUUCAACAGGAUUGGCAAAGAGGUGUUCUACAGGUGCUUUGCGCAACAAUAGCGUUUGGGAUGGGCAUUGACAAGCCCGAUGUCCGCUUUGUCGUCCAUUACUCUCUACCUUCUUCUCUUGAAGGAUAUUACCAAGAGACAGGACGGGCGGGUCGGGAUGGUGGACCAUCCGAAUGCAUCCUGUUUUAUACUUAUAGAGAUUUUCUCGGCAUACAACGUAUGGUCGAACAGGAACCGAAUGUUCAGCAAGUCGAAAGGCGACUGGUCAAUGCUCGACGAGUAGUCGCUUUUUGUCUCAAUAAACUUGACUGUCGUAGAAUGCAAGUCUUGGAUUACUUUAGUGAAAAAUUUUCACCCGCAGAUUGCAGGAAGACCUGUGAUAAUUGUAUGAGAGGGCAAACUGUGGUACAACAAGAUGUCACGAACUAUGUGGUCUCAGCAAUCAAGCUGAUUCAGAGACUUACUGAAUCUGACUCGAUCACGAUGGCCCAAUGUAUUGACGUCUUUAGAGGAAGCAAGAAUAAAAAGGUCAUCAUCUUCACAAACUCUUUUGGUAGCUACCCUCAACACAUGCAUCUGACUAUGCGUGUUUCCUUUCUAGAUUGUCGAUGCAGGUCAUCAUUUGCUCGAUGA